AGACUGGGACCUAGACCUUGUUUUCAAGAUGGCCGUCACGUUAUGUCGAUUUCGCCGUGGUCAUUGUUUCUUGUACUCAUAUAUCAGAAACUUCGCAAGUAACAGAGCUAAUAGCAACUUACGAUAUUCACAGCUGGAUAAGAGAUGCAUUCUAAGAGUCUCUGGGCCCGAUUCUGUUAAAUUUCUACAAGGACUUGUAACCAACAACAUCGAACUAUUUCACGGAGAUUCUACUAUUAGAUCGAUGUACACUAUGUUCUUAAACGCACAAGGCCGUGUACUGUACGACGCUAUAUUAUCCAAAGAAAAAACACACUCCGAAACACCAUCAUUCUUUAUCGAAUGUGAUAGGAGCAUUUCAGCAGCCCUGACAAAGCAUUUGAAGUUUUUCAAGUUGCGCUCCAAGGCGGACAUUUCCCACGCUGAAGGCUUGGUCCCAUGGACUGUCUUUUCAGAGGAAAUAGUAGAUUUAAAGCCUGAAGAAGAUUGGAAGGACUUUAGCAUUGUACCAGACCCGAGGGUUAAAAAGCUUGGUCAUCGUCUAAUACUACCUAGUGAUACAGACCCCUCGGCAUGCAUAGAGGGUGCAGGCCACGCCCCAAGGGGUGCAUAUGAAGAGCACAGGGCGAGACUCGGUGUGUGUGAGGGUGAAGAGGAGAUACCAAUAGCAAAUGCAAUGCCACUGGAGUAUAAUCUCGAUUUUCUAAAUGGAGUGUCUUUCCAUAAGGGAUGCUAUAUUGGACAGGAGCUGACAGCUAGGACACACCACACAGGAGUGAUCAGAAAACGAAUUAUGCCAUUUACCAUAGCUUCUAAUAAUAUCAGCAGUGGAGCUGCUAUCAAGACAGAAGCAGGCAAAGCAUCAGGGAAAGUAUGCAUCGUGCAUGGACAGUAUGGACUGGGAAUGAUUAGGCUUGCAAACUUGAAGGCUGGUAAACUCUUAGUGGAGGCCAAAGACGGACAGUAUACUGAGAUGAGACCUUACGUACCAGACUGGUGGCCAAAGGAUGAAACCAAAUAAAUAAAUGCACAUUUAAGAGUAUUAACAAACAAAUUUUAAUUAUUUCAAUCUCUAAUAACUACAACAUUUGUAUUUCUUUUUGUAUUUGUGAUACUUGAAUAAAAAAAUGUUCUCAACAUA